UUGGAAAAACAAAGAUGGCAGCGCCCAGCUACCGAAAUUUCUUGUUUUUGAUAGAAUCCUAUUAUUCAAGAUGACAUAAUGGUUAUUAAUGAACAAUGGAAGAGGACGUAACUGUGAAACCCUUGACGUUACGCAUACAAGAUCUAAAUCCCCACAUUGUGUGCAGUCUGUGUGCUGGUUACUUCAUUGAUGCGACGACAAUUACAGAGUGUCUGCACACGUUCUGCAAGAGUUGCAUAGUGAAAUACCUGCAGACACGAAAACAUUGUCCGUCAUGCAAUGUCAAGGUUCAUGAGACACAGCCUCUACUGAAGCUGAAGCUGGACAUUGUCAUGCAGGAUAUUGUGUACAAACUUGUGCCACGUUUGUAUGAGAAGGAGCAAGCCAGGCAGAAGAUAUUCUACCAGACCAGAGGGCUGCAUUUGGGCCACGUGCGACCUGAUAGAUCUGCAGAGCAGUCAUUUGAUCAGCUAGCCAGGCCAGCCCCUACUCUGCACAGAGGCCAUUUUUACUGUUUUGACAAGCAAGUGAGUCUGCGCAUAGAGCCAUCCAGCAACGAUGCGGAGCUGCCCAAGAUACUGCAGAAGUUUGUUCGCUGCCCCGUGCGAACGAGGGCCCUGCAGUUGGAGAAGCUACUCAGAAGGAAACUUCUGCUACCUCCCACGAGAGAGCUGGAGAUACUAUGCAGUGGCAUGGUUCUGGACCAGGAUACCCCCAUGAAGAAGUUAAUGGUGAUAACUGCGUACGAUGAAAAAGAGGAUAUACCCAUCCUGUUAAACUACAGACUGAAGAAGCAAUAAAUGAU